AUGGAUGCUAUGAGCUGCGCCUUGUGCAGAGCCGCUCGAUUUCCAUUCUCAGACGACAUUGAACGGGCCCCAAUGCUAAGCAAAUUCAUGCAGCCACCAUUUAACUCCUAUGACAGGAAAACGGAUCCGGUAGAGCACGUUAGUCAUUAUAUCUACAUGAUGUCUCUACAUACACGCAAUGACGCGCUGAUGUGUAAGGUAUUUCCCUCAAGUCUCGGCCCUACGACAUUGAGAUGGUUUAAUGGGUUACGAAAAGGCUCCAUUCACGGCUUUAUUGAGCUAAUUCAGGAAUUUGUUGCCCGGUUUGUAACGUGCAGCCGGGUGCCACAACCGAUGCUCGCACUAUUGUCUAUGAAGAUGAGGGUCGGCGAAACCCUUCGUGGUUAUGCUAGUUGGUAUUGGGAGCUUUACAAUGAAAUUGGUGGGGCCAACAAAAAGAUUGCAACAAGCACUUUUAGGAUGGGGCUACUCGAGGACUCUAAACUACAGGAAUCAUUAACGAAGAGGCCUCUCAAGGAUAUGAGGCAACUCAUGAGGCGUAUUGAGGAGUAUAAACGCCUCGAGGAUGAUCGGCUGCAAAAUAACGGCAAGACCCUACUAUUAAAUCGUCCUCGGUAA